UGGACGUACGGCAGCCUGAACGAAAUGCUGAAAGAUCCUCCGUUCGAGCCCAGCAUGCCAGAGGAAGUGACAGCGCCGUCUCCAGCGUCUGACCCUGACACCGUCGUGAGCCACGACCUGGGCUGCAGCUGUGACGAUGAGAAUAAAGUGGAGGAGACGAUUGAAGCCUUCAGUCCUGCACCUGAUGGGAUGUACAGUUACAGAGGACAUGACUCCCAUCCCGGAGGUCUCCGCCGGGGCUCAGUGUAUCCGAGUGGACCCCAGAGUGUCAGCUGAUCACAGUCAGAGCUGCACCGCCUACAGCCAGAACAACCAGCUCACUUACGGACCCCUCUUCCCUCCAGAGCUGGCAUCUUCUCCAGAGUCAAGAUAUGACGCUUCGCUCAUCACCAACAUGGUCCCCAUGUACCCUGCAUUCAAGAGGAUGUGGAGUUACCUGCAGGGGACGCUGCUGAGGCGUUACGCAGAGGAAAACAACGGCAUCAACGUUCAAGCUGGACCCAUAUUUGACAACGACUACGACGGCCUGCGAGACACCACAGAGAAGAUAAAAGAGUUCUCGGGCGAAGCCCCGUCCGUCCCCACCCACUUCUACACGGUGGUGACCAGCUGCCAGGAGCUGAACCAGACUGUGGAGGAGUGUGAUGGGGAUCUGAGGGUCUUCUCCUUCCAGCUGCCCCACCGACAGGACAACACCGAGGCGUGCAAUUGACUCAUAUCUGAUUGU